CAACAGAAGAGGCCCCACCCUUUGUCUUACCUACCGUCCGUCAAUCAAAAUAGAAAAAAUCUGUCACUUAUCAUCUAUUUUUGCGCUCAUACAAUCAAAUUAAUCAUCUUAUCAUGUCCCGUUGUUUGUGACUAUCAGGGCUGACCGUAUAAAGACAAGUCACGCAAUGACUGCCCCAGAACAGCCGCUGAAGACGAAUGAUAUGGCUGCCCUGGACGCUGACCGCAGUCAGGAAGGUUUUAUGCAGCAGGAAAAGAGCAGCGGAAACCAGGAAACUCAGCCAUCCCCCCUCGAUCUGCUAGCAACCACCUGCACUAAGGUUGGGUCACCAUCGUCAGAGGUGAACAGAGGUGCUGCCGCUGAUGUGGCACCAGACCCAUCUCUACAGCUUACUGGGACUGACAAAUGGGAGGUGUUAACCCCCACAACAGCAGCAAAGGAUGAUUCUGGAAUAAUACAGAUCCAAAGUCCAGGUAUUUUGACAUCAAAUGGACAGUAUGUUCUUCCUCUCCAAAGCUUACAGAGUCAGCCAAUCUUUGUGACGUCUGGGAUGAACAACUCAUCUGCCAAUUCAGUGCCUAAUAUUCAGUACCAAGUGAUCCCUCAGCUUCAGACCUCAGAUGGACAGCUGAGCUUCUCCACGUCUGGCAUGGAAGGAACAACUCUGACUCAAGAUGCUACUGGGCAGAUUCAAAUCUUGUCUGAUGGUGGUCAGAGUCUCAGUGUGGCAUCGUCUGCAAACAUCCUUAACAACAACCAAAACCUCAUUUCACAAACUGGUAACGUCCAGCAGAUCCAUGGGGUUUCUAUUGGCAGCUCCACCUUCAACAACCAGGGCCAGGUUGUUACCAAUGUGCCUGUGGGCCUGCCUGGGAACAUCACCUUUGUUCCUAUUAACAGUGUUGACCUGGACUCUCUUGGCCUGUCGGGUGCUCAGACUAUAGCAACAGGGGUCACCGCUGAUGGUCAGCUAAUUAUGGCGAAUCCGGCGGUGGAUAGCUCAGACGGUUUGAAUAAGACGGAUGAUCACCUCUCACAAACGCUACCAGUGAAUAACUCGAAUGCAAAUACGGAGAUAUUUGUGCCAACGUCUUCCUCUCAGCUGAAUGCUGAAGGGGGUCUGCUGACGCAAGAGGCCUCCCUAACGUCUGUCGCUGCAGAGCAACCCGACUCAAACGCUGGGCUUCAAGAAGGCUUCAUGCAACAUAAUCAGGAGCAGAACGUCCAGGUUUCUUCAGCUCAGCCCAUCAUCCAGCUGCAGCCUAUUCAGACCACCAAUGGUCAGGUGGUUGCAACAGGGGGUCAGUCUCUACAAAAUGUGCAAUUGAUCAACCCGGGAACCUUCAUCAUCCAAGCUCAGACCGUCACGCCCUCAGGGCAGAUACAGUGGCAGACCUUUCAGGUACAAGGAGUGCAAAACCUUCAGAACCUUCAGCUUCCCACCACCCCACCCCAGCAGAUAACGCUGGCCCCAGUCCAGACCCUGUCCCUAGGAAGCAUCGGUGCAGGACAGAUCCCCAACCUGCAGACGGUGACUGUCAACUCAGCUGUCCAGGAAGGGGAUACAAAUAUUCCUGGAGAUAUUCGGAUCAAGGAAGAGCCCGACUCCGGGGAAUGGCUGAACACAAACUCGACCCUCAACACCAUGGAUCUGUCCCACAUUCCUGGCAGGCUGGUAGAUGAAGAAGAUCCGCUCGGUCAGGAGGGCAAGAGGCUGCGCAGAGUGGCGUGUACUUGUCCUAACUGCAAAGAGUCAGGUGGGAGAGGAUCCGGCGUGGGGAAGAAAAAGCAGCACGUUUGCCACAUCGCAGGCUGCGGAAAAGUCUACGGAAAGACGUCACACCUGCGAGCACACCUGCGCUGGCAUUCGGGGGAACGACCUUUUGUUUGCAGCUGGAUGUUCUGUGGGAAGAGGUUCACACGCAGCGAUGAGCUGCAAAGGCACAGGAGAACACACACAGGCGAGAAGAAGUUUGUCUGCCCGGAAUGUUCCAAGCGUUUCAUGCGGAGCGACCACCUGGCGAAGCACAUUAAAACUCAUCAGAACAAAAAGGGCGUGAACUCCGGCGGCCCCGCGGUGGCCUCGAUGGAGUCGGCGGGCUCCUCCGACAGCAUCAUCACGGCAGGCGGAACCACCCUCAUCCUCACCAACAUCCAGCAGGGCUCCAACAACGCCCAGGACAUCCUGGCCAACGCGGAGAUUCCUCUCCAGCUCGUCACCACGGUCGCCGCCAGCGAAGUCAUGAAGUGAUUGGCUCUCUUUGAACUUCCUUUUUACUGUAUAUGCCUCUCUGCAUUUUUAUUCGAGUUUUGAAGGAAAAUUAUAAAUAGAUAUAUAUAUAUAUAUUUUAACACAGAAAUAGUUUGUGUUCAUGCUCAAUUUUUUGAGGUAAGAAAACAAGUGGGAGGUGAAAAAGUGAAACAGACAUUGCAGUAAACUCAAUGAAAUGCCUUAUUUUGUACAAAAAUGUGUAGUUGGAAAUGUGGGAUUCCACUUUGUUCUAAUUGUACUUAUUUGUUAAUAUUGUGUUGUUUUAGUUUUUUUUUCAUGGAAACUUAUUGCUAAAUCAAGCAGCCCCCACCCCACCCCCCGCCGUUUUGUGAUAUAUUGAUUUUUUUUUCCUAGUAAGCAAAACUUGCCCAGUUUUCUUUUCACAGCACAACUAAUUCUCUCCAGCAACAGCGAUUUUAAUAAGUCCAUGCAAAUAUUUCACGUUAUGUGAGUUUUAAUUAUUGUUGUGCAUCGUUAUCUGGAAGUCAGCCUUCCUCAUCCGGCUUUUUCAUGAACUUUUUCAUACCUUGCCACACUUGCCACAGGAUGAAGCGGUUACAGAGAAUGAGUGAAGGAACUUAGCAGGUGAAUAAUGAAAAACAAUCAGAUUUGUUUUUUUAUGGCAGUUUUUCUUUCAUAUUAAAUGUUUGUUUAUGGAACAGUUUGAACAGGCUUCACAUCAUCUUGGGAUUUUUAACAUGGCUCUAGUAAUUCAGAUGUUUGUACUCAGUUUUGUUGGAACACAACAAAAAGCCAUUUUUCUGGUGGUUAUUGCCAAAUUUGACACCCAACUCAGGUUGACUCUGCACUGCGUGCUAUAGAGUAAAUCACCCCUUUACAUUCUCAGGCCACGCUGAAAUUGUCAUUUUUUUCUUAAUGUAACUCGUUUUCCACCCAGUUGUUUAAUAGGUUCAACAGCUUUGCAGCAUUUUUAAACGUGGUGCUCUUAAACAGCACUGCUCACUUUUAUCCCGUUUAUUCUUUUUGGAUUAAAACGUGUUUUCUGAAUAUUUACUGUACUCACUGUAAGUAAAUAUACUGCCUUUCUGUCCUCUUUUAGUUUAAGUGUUUUACAUUCCCCCUUCUCCAUGCUAAAGUAUAUCUUUACCGAAUUUCUGACUCUUAAAUUGUCUAAUUAAAUGCAAAUGCACAGUGGGUUUAAUUGUGACGUGAUCAAAUCUUUUUUCUUUUUGUUGUUUUUGUGAGACUGAAAACCAUAAAAUGUGAUUUCUUUUCAUCGUCAUUAACCUCUUAGUAGAGGUUUGAGUCAGACAAGCAUGCAGAAACGUGCAACAUAUUCACUUUCCAGCCUUCUGUGUAAAUGUUUAUGUUCUAUAACAUCAAUACAGAUUUUUGUUACACUUCAA